AUGGAGGCAUUGGAGGGUGAAAAUGACUCGAAAAUCGAAAUUAGCGUUGUCGGAAAUGGUAAUAGGUUUGAAGACGGUGUCUGUUUAGUGUUUGAUAUCGAAAGUAUUCGAAGACUUAGACGAUUGGGCAUUACGGGUAUUUUGACUGGCACACUGCCGUCGGCGGCGCAGCAAAACGUUUUUUUGACCGUCCCGUUGCGUCUAAUGGCUGAGGAGGCGGUUUGGCUCGUGGAGAAUGGUUUCGCCGUUUUGGUGAGCGAUCGUGAGGCGUUGGAAAUGGGUGUCUCGGAUUUGACGGCUUCCGAUUGGGAUGAGAUGGAUAAGCAGCAGGAGGCUUUGUUUGAAGAGCAGCGGCGGUUUAAGCGGGAGCAGCACUUUGAGAAGUUGAGGGCCGUGGGCAAAACUGUUGCGAACGUGGACGCGAAUUUGGAGUCGUCACUCUUUGUCGAAACGCGGAACGAAUCCUCUGUCAUCCAGCGCCAACGCUAUGACUUCGAUACCCCGGAGCUACAGAAACGGCUUGUGGAUCAACUGCUUCACAGCGAAACGCUCAAAUCCAAUUAUUUGGUCUACAAAGCUCUGCGGGCCCAAGGCUACUGUGUGUCACCCGGAAGCAGGUUUGGUGGUCGUUACAUUGCGUACCCCGGCGAUCCGUUGCGGUACCAUUCGCAUUUGACCGUCCCGCCUGCCUUGCGGUACCGAGACGAGCCCUUAGACUUAUUACAGCUUGUAGGUGGCGGACGUCUUGGUACGGGAGUGAAGAAAUUAUGGGUUCUAGGAGGUGUGGACGAUGAGAGCGAUGAGGGCGUGACGUUUUUCUCUGUCGAAUGGGCAGGGUUUGGAUGA